GUUUAAUUGCGGAGAUGGUUUGAAACCAUCAACCAGGGUGUCUCCGUCAUAUUUUGUCAUGAUGUUUCAAGUAAAUAUUGUUCCUCUGAGCGGCGAAAGCAGAAGUUUUGAAGUUCAGCAGUCCUCCAAAGUUGGGGACUUGAGUCUUCUGGCCCGGGAGUCUUUUGGGGGAUUUCUCCAGCUCUUGACUGCAGAGGGUCGCGUCCUUAGCGAUCCCAAUGAAUCCCUGGAAGCAGCGGGGCUUCGGAGUGGAGAUCACCUCACCGUUGUGGCGCUUCGAGCAAACAUCGCAGCAACAGCGGCAGCCUUCGCCUUGUGGUGCGGUGGAAAGAAGAUGGUCACCUGGGGCCAUGCAGUCAAUGGUGGUGACAGCUCUGCAAUCCAAGAUCAGCUCCGAAAUUUAAAUGUGAAGCAGGUUCAAGCCACCCGUACUGCUUUUGCCGCGAUCCUCGAGGGUGGAAGAGUCGUUGCAUGGGGUGAUCCAGAGUAUGGUGGUGACUGUUCUGCAGUCCGAGGUCAGCUUAGGAAUGUAGAGCAGCUUCAGACCUCGUUUGGAGCAUUUGCCGCCAUCCUGGCAGAUGGAUCGGUGGUGACCUGGGGUGAUCCAGAGUCCGGUGGUGACAGCACCGCGGUGCAAACUCGGCUGAAGAAUGUGCGGCAAAUUCACGCACCCAAAGAUGGUGGAGCAUUCGCGGCCAUCCUGGCUGAUGGAUCCGUAGUUGCUUGGGGUGAUCAAGAAGGAGGUGGUGACUCUUCCGGAAGUGAGGAUAAGCUGCAGAAUGUUGAAGAACUCCAGGCCACAGCAGGGGCAUUUGCUGCAAUUCGUCGAGAUGGAUCUUUGGUGACAUGGGGCCAUCCAGAGUUCGGUGGUGACAUUUCUGCAGUCCAAGAUCAACUCAGAAACGUGCAGCAGAUUCAAGCUACGGAUAGCGCAUUUGCUGCCAUUUUGGCAAAUGGAUCUGUUGUGACCUGGGGCGAUCCAUGCUGUGGUGGUGACAGCUCUGCAGUCCACGAUCAGCUCAGGAAUGUCGAGCAGAUUCAAGCCACUUGCGAGGCAUUUGCUGCAGUUUUGACAGACGGAUCCGUGGUAACAUGGGGCCAUACACCUAGCGGUGGUGACAGCAGUCUGGUCCAGCAUCAGCUGAAGGAUGUUGUGCAGAUCCAGGCCUCAGUAGAUGCUUUUGCUGCGAUUUUAGCAGAUGGAUCCGUGGUGAGCUGGGGAAAUGCAGCACAUGGUGGUGACAGCUCCAACGUUCAACAUCAGCUCAGGGGUGUCGUGCAGAUUCAAUCCACGUUGAGGGCAUUCGCUGCCAUCUUGGCAGACGGAUCGGUGGUGACAUGGGGCGAUCCGCGUUGUGGUGGUGACAGCUCGGCAGUCCAAGAUCAGCUCAGACAUGUUGAGCAGAUCCAGGGCACAGACUAUGCGUUUGCUGCGAUUCUGACAGAUGGAUUGGUGGUUACAUGGGGACCUUCUCAUGCUGGUGGUGAUAGCUCCAAAGUUCAAGAUCGGCUCAGAUGUUUGUAGUCGAGCCUGUGCGGUGCGUGAGUGGAGAACUCGGCGCUUGGAAAAGAAAGUGCCUUUUACCC